AUGGCGACCACAACUACCGUCACCCCGGUCAAGUCGCAGCUUGUCGACAAGCUGCCCAAGCGAUUCAAGGGCAUCAAGUUCGGCAUUCAGUCGAACCAAGAUAUCGCGAACCAGGCCGUCCUCGAAGUUUCCGAUCGUUUAUUGUACGACAUCGAAAAGAACAGAGCCCCUUAUCAGCAUGGUCCCCUUGACCCUCGCCUGGGCACGUCGAGCAAGACUGGAAAAUGUGCAACCUGUCAGGAAUCGCUACAGAACUGCACUGGUCACUUCGGCCAUGUCAGACUUCCUUUGCCUGCCUUUCACAUCGGCUACUUGCGAUUUGUCAUGAUGAUUCUACAGGAUAUCUGCAAGAAGGACUGUGGCAAAGUUCUGCUCACCGAGACCGAGCGCCGAGCCUUCCUUAAAGAACUUCGACGACCACUACUGGACAAUCUACGACGCUCCCAGAUCUGCAAGCGAAUCAACGAGCAGUGUCGCAAGGUCAAGAACUGCAUGUACUGCGGCUCUGUUCAAGGCCAGAUUCGCAAGGUCGGCGUGCUCAAGCUGGCCCACGACAAGUUUGUCACUUACAACAAGUCCACGUCUGCCAAGAAGGUGCCCCCCGAGAGCAAGAUCAAGUUUGACGAGUCGUUCAACGAAGCGAGGAAACACAAUGGAGAGUUGGACAAGCAUCUCCGCAAAGCCAUGGAGGACAUGAACCCCUUGAGGGUUUUGAACCUGUUCAAGAUGAUCAGCCCUACCGACUGUGAACUCCUUGGUUUGGAUCCUGCCGAGGGUCGCCCCGAAAUGUUUAUCUGGCAGUUCCUCCCUGCGCCUCCUGUAUGCAUUAGACCUUCGGUUGCCCAGGACAAUGCCAGUAACGAAGACGACAUCACAACGAAACUUGCCGACAUUGUGUGGGUGAGCGGUAUGAUCCGAUCCGCACUACAAAAGGGCUCACCCGUUCAAACCAUCAUGGAACAAUGGGAGUAUCUCCAACUCCAGGUCGCCAUGUACGUCAACAGCGAUGUACCCGGUCUCCAGCAGCCCGGUUUUGGCAAGGCUGUACGAGGCUUCUGCCAGAGGUUGAAGGGAAAGCAAGGUCGAUUCCGUGGCAACUUGUCUGGCAAGCGUGUCGACUUCUCAGGUAGAACUGUCAUUUCUCCUGAUCCCAACCUUGGAAUUGACCAGGUUGCUGUUCCUCAGCUCGUGGCCAAGAACUUGACCUAUCCAGAGCGGGUGUCGGACUACAAUAUCAAAAAGCUCAGAGAAUGCGUCCGUAAUGGACCCAACAUCUGGCCAGGUGCACAGCAAGUCAUCAAAAAUGAUGACGGAGGUUACAAGAUCUCCUUGAGAUUCGGUAACAGAAACCAAGUAGCGCAGGACCUGAAAGUUGGCGACGUCGUCGAGCGUCAUCUGGAAGACAACGACAUUGUGCUCUUCAACCGUCAGCCCUCUCUUCACAAACUUAGUAUCAUGAGCCAUUUGGUCAAGGUACGACCGUGGAGGACAUUCAGACUCAAUGAGUGUGUUUGCGGCCCCUACAACGCUGAUUUCGACGGCGACGAAAUGAACCUUCACGUGCCCCAGACCGAAGAGGCCCGCGCAGAGGCCAUCAAUCUCAUGGGCGUAAAGCACAACUUGGCAACCCCGAAGAACGGAGAGCCCGUUAUUGCUGCCACUCAGGAUUUCAUCACUGCUGCAUAUCUGCUCAGUGGCAAGGACCGAUUCUUUGACCGCAAGACCUUCACCUACAUCUGCAUGCACAUGAUGGAUGGAAAGGUUCAUCUCGACCUCCCUCCUCCUGCUAUUUUGAAACCUCAGGCUCUGUGGACUGGCAAGCAGGUAUUCAGCAUGAUGAUGCGGCCCAACAAAGACAGCCCAGUCAAGAUUAACCUCGACGCCAAGUGCAGAGAGUACAAGGCCAGGGCUGGCCAGUGCCCUGACAUGGACCCCAACGACGGAUGGCUCGUCAUUCGCAACUCCGAGGUCAUGUGCGGUAGAAUGGACAAAUCUACUGUUGGUUCAGGAAAGAAGGACUCUGUCUUUUAUGUCAUCCUAAGAGAUUUCGGCCCUGAUGCCGCCGUGGUAACGAUGAACCGCCUGGCCAAGCUGUGCGCUCGGCAUCUGACCAACCGCGGCUUCUCUAUUGGUGUUGGCGACGUCUACCCUACGGAGCUGCUAUUGGAGAAGAAGAGCAAAAUGAUCAAGGACGCGAACAAGGAUGUUGACGAGCUGAUCGACAAGUACAAGAAGGGUAAGCUUGAAAAGGCCACCGGUUGCAACAUGGAACAGACCCUCGAGAACUCCAUCUCAGGACUUCUCAGCAAAGUCAGAACUCAGGCCGGUUCUCACUGUAUCGAGACACUCAGCAGGAACAAUGCCCCGCUUGUCAUGGCCAAAUCCGGAUCCAAGGGUUCGGAGAUUAACGUCGCUCAGAUGGUUGCCCUAGUCGGACAGCAGAUUAUCGGCGGUAAGCGUGUUGCCGAUGGUUUCCAGGACAGAACGCUUCCCCAUUUCCACAAGAACGCUCCUCAGCCUCCUUCAAAGGGUUUCGUGGCCAACAGUUUCUACUCGGGUCUGCUCCCUACCGAGUUCAUCUUCCACGCCAUGUCUGGUCGUGAAGGUCUAGUUGAUACUGCCGUCAAGACGGCCGAAACCGGAUAUAUGUCGCGUAGACUGAUGAAAUCUUUGGAGGAUCUUUCCACUCAAUACGACGACACGGUGCGGACUUCAGGAGGAGGCAUCGUCCAGUUCCAGUUCGGCGCUGACAAGCUGGAUCCUGUCGAUAUGGAGGGCUCGGCAAAGCCUGUGAACUUUGACCGUACCUGGUCACACGCUGAGAAUCUGACGUGGGACAACGAUGAGGCGGCCCUUUUGCCGGAUGAAAUCGACAAAUGCUGCGACGGCAUGCUUGCUCGGGAGCGGGCACGCUACCCAAGAAAGGCCCUUGUUGGCGACGACGUCCUUGACUACAACAACGAAGAGGACAGGUUCACUGACGAGCACGAAGGCGCCAGAGACUUCCUGAGGUCUCUGGAGUCGUAUGUUAGUGGCCGAUCCAACAAGCUCCGCCGCGUGAUGGAGCUUACAGGCUUGACGGCCUCGGCAGAAAGCAUGGAUGUUGAUGUCGACGAGAGCGAGAUCAAGGCAAAGAAGGCCUUCGCAGACAAGGUGGCCAAGGUGUCCGAGUCAACCCUGCGGCUCUUCGUCCGACUAUGCCUAGAGAAGUACAAGAAGGCACAUGUUGAACCCGGCCACGCCGUCGGCGCCGUCGGAGCCCAGUCCAUUGGUGAACCUGGUACCCAAAUGACGCUCAAGACGUUCCAUUUCGCUGGUGUCGCCGGUAUGAGUAUCACGCAGGGUGUGCCACGUAUCAAGGAAAUCAUCAACGCCUCCAAGCUCAUCAGUACCCCCGUCAUCACCUGUCCGCUGGUGCAGGACAAAGAGAUGACGGCUGCUCGGAUUGUCAAGGCACGUAUCGAGAAAACUUUUGUCGAAGACAUUCUGAGCUACAUUGAAGACGAAUGGUUCGCAGAGUCAGGAAACGUCGUCUUGCAAGUGGAUAUGGAUGCCCUGUCCGAAAUGCAACUGGGCAUUGGCUUGGGCGAUGUGGCCGAAGCUAUCUGCAAACACAAGAAGCUCAAGGUCUCACGGCAGGAUAUGCACAUUGGCCCCAGCAGGAUCGAGAUCCGUGUUCGUCUUGACGAAUCGGCUAGCUCCAAACGGUCUGUGAAGGCCAAGCCCGUUGACGAACAUGGCGAUCUUCUGGUACGCGCCAACUACCUCCGCAGAACGAUUCCGACUGUGGCUAUUUCAGGAUACCCAGAGGCUACGCGUGCCAUUAUCCAAACGUCAGAUGAUACGCAUACCGUUCUGGUUGAAGGAUACGGCCUGCUCGCAUGUAUGAACACGGAAGGUGUGGACGGACGCAGAGUGAAGUCGAACAACGUCAUGGAAUGCCGAGAUGUGCUAGGCAUCGAAGCUGCGAGAACAACGAUUGCGCACGAAAUUGGGGUGGUCAUGGGAGACAUGGGUAUCGACCCGCGUCACAUGCAGCUGCUCGCAGAUGUCAUGACAUACAAGGGCGAGGUGCUCGGUAUCACACGUUUCGGUCUCUCAAAGAUGAGAGAUAGUGUUUUGCAGCUGGCGUCUUUCGAAAAGACGCCCGACCACUUGUUUGAGGCCGCUGCAGGCAUGAAGACGGAUCAGAUUGAGGGAGUGAGUGAGUGCAUCAUCAUGGGACAAACCAUGUCGGUCGGAACUGGUGCGUUCCACGUCGUCCGUCGCCUUGCUCUGGAGAAGGGAGAUGUUGGACAGCGCAAGACGAUAUUUGAGGAUGCAUGGGCGACCGAGACGGCGCUCAAGCGAAAGUCGAGGCGGCAUGCCUAA